AUGCUUCCCAGACUCGACUCUCGGUUUGUGGACUACUACAACGAGAAUCUUGCAAACCGACCUGGUACACAUCAGGUGCCAUUGAAGGAAGUACGCUCAAGCCCCGGAGCAUUUGCACGUGCGUGGGCUCUCAAUGGAGACUCUGCCCCCGAUCCCAAUGUUCGAGAGUGGAGAGUCCCUGUUGCCGAGUCCUCAAAGCCGAUAACAGUCCGGACAUACUAUCCAGACACCUCGAAAUGGGGCCUAGGGCCAUACCCAGUUCAUAUCAACUUCCAUGGCGGUGGUUGGGUCUUUGGUGAUCUAGGUUCCGAUGCUGCGAUAUGCUUGAGACUACGGGAGCGAGUGCCUAUUGUCAUUAUUGACGUGGAGUAUCGGCUGUGCCCAGAGGCACGAUUCGGCCUGAAUGCCCAAGAUGCGUGGAGCGCACUCAAAUGGACCCGCGACAAUGCCGAAAAACUUGAUAUAAAUCCCUUAUCCAUUUCUAUUGGAGGGAUCUCUGCCGGUGCUCACCUGGCCUGCAUUCUUCAGCAUCGAGCUCGAGACGAGGGUAUCAGCCUCAGACUUCUUGUCGCUUCUGUGCCUCCUCUCGCAGAUCACCAUACUUAUCGAGUACCCGAAUACUCUCCUUGGCCAUCCUUUACAGAGUUCAGUAAAGUACCACUGCUUGAUUGGGAGCGUAUGUCAUAUUUUCAGAAGCACGUUUUCCCGGACGAGGGAAUGGCUGAGCUACAGAAAAUGGUGCCAGAGUGGUGGAUCUCGCCCCUGAAAGCUCCCAACUGGACCAAUCUAUGCAGUACUUUCGUUGCGACGGCCGAGUGUGAUAUGCUGAGGGAUGAAGGAGAGGCGUAUGCCAAAAGACUGGUUGAAGGAGGUAACAAGGUGACAAUGAGAAGAUACCUCAAGGUUCCACACUCGUUCAUGCACAUGCAUUCGGUUCUUCCUCAAGCUCGACAGUAUGAGGAUGACGUUAUAUCGGCAUUGAUCAACGCCCAUGGUAUCAAGAGGGAAUAG